UGCGGGCGAGGGUCGCGGUCCGAGGGGACCCGGGGUCUGUCGUGUGUGUUCAGGAGGGAAGACCUUUGCUCUGACUGUGAGGCGAAGUCGCUGUUGGAGUAGCAGGCUGCCGUUCUCAGGAGGCUGGGAGCCGUGGAGAGUGGUGGACUGGAAAGGCUUCGCCUGAGCUAGGCUCUUAGGCGUGUUCCAGAAGCUGCUCGGAGCACAGACUGGACAGGGACUGAGCGUGGGAGGCACAGGGGGAUUUAGUCCUCGUCCAGAGUCUCACAGCUGAUGAGAGUCAGCACUGAGGCCUGAGACGCAGAGAGAAUGCCGUCAUCCCAGGUGUCCUGGCUCCAGAGCCGGGCAAGGUGACUGGGCAGCCGGGAGCCCGUGGAGCCCUGCCAUGGUCACCUGCCUCUCAGCACUUCUUCACCCAGCCUGUCACAAGUACAGAAGCACUUCUGGACCCUACAGAGGGAGUGAGUGGAGGGUGUUGCAGAACCUCACUGAUGCUGAUCCUACUGAUGAUCUCUGGGAUUGUGGUGUCCUGGGUGGAGGUCUUGAUCCUGGGGAGCCUGGACAAAUCCUAAGCCCAGGGUCCUCAGAGCAGGCGUCGGGUUAUAUGGAGUGGCUACUAUUGCUGGCAACCGAUGGAAUGAGGUGUGGAGGAAGGUUGCCCCAGGUGUAGGUGCCAGUCUGUGCAGACUCUUGGAGGUGAGGCUGAACUGGUUUAAGAGAACCGGAAGUCUCCUUUCUUUUCCCUGGGGACAGAGAGCAAGGGGUCAGGAGUGAAGCCUGGAAUGGCUCCCUGAGAAGUUGGGUGUCUCUUCUGGAGGAUGGGAACGAUGAGAGGUUUUGAGCAGAGGAGGGAGGUGAUCUGACCCAGCUCUCCUCAGGCUCCCUGUGACUGCGGCAUGGAGAACAGACUGGGGGUGUGAGGAAAGUGGUGGGAGGACCAGGGAGAAGCAACUACAGUAGUCCAGGUGAGUGUCAAUGAUGUGGACCAGUGUGUUGGCCAUGGAGGUGGUAGAAACGGUUGGAUUCUGGCUCAGUGUUUUUCGGUAGGUCUGCUCUGAUUUUCUGAUUUUGAAGAUGAGAGAGAAAAAGGUAGAAGUCAGGAAUGACUGCAGGGUGUUUGGGUUUAGCAGCUGGAGGCAAGGAAUUUUCAUCAACUGGGAUGUGGAAUUCAGUAGUGGCAUUAAUUUUCAUUCAGGAUAUUAGGAGUUCUAUUUUCAACAUGUUACGUUUUUUGGCUACCUCAGAGAAUAAAAGAGUAGCGGCAUUAAGUGGGGUAGCUGGACAAAUAGGUCUGGGACUGUGGGGAGAGGUUCAGGAUGGAGACGGCUGUAGAAGGUUGUGGGUACUAUGUGAACCAAAGUGGAACUUUGUGUCUUAUUUGGGUAGCCAAAACCUAAUACCUAUGUUUCUCACAGUUCUGGAAGCUGGGAAGUCCAAGAUCAAAGUGCUGGCGGAUCUAUCCCUGGGCUGUGUGACCUUUGAAGAUGUGGUCAUUUACUUCUCCCAGGAGGAGUGGGUGCUCCUUGAUGAGGCACAGAGGAUCUUAUACCAUGAUGUGAUGCUGGAGAACUUUGUACUUACAACAUCCCUGGAUUGCUGGUGUGGAGCAGAGGAUGAGGAGAUACCUUCAGAACAGAGCAUUUCUGUAGAUGCAGUGUCACAGAUCAGGACUUCCAAGGCAGGUCCAUUGACCCAGAAGACUCACCCCUGUGAGAAGUGUGUUUCAGUGUUGAAAGACAUGUUUCACCUGACUGAGCUCCAAACAACAUAUUCUGGGCAUAAACCAUGCUUUGGUGGGGUAUCAAGAGGUUUUUGGUUCAGUGCAAACCUUCAGCAGUACCAAAAGCAUGGCAGUGGAGAGGAAAUCUUCAAAAUGAACAUAGACUGGACCUCAUUUGUGACGAACUGCAGAUACCACAUGUCAGGGAAGCCCCUCACCUGUGGGGAGAACGGAAAGGACUUUUUAGCUACCUCAGGCCUUCUCCUGCACCAGGCCACUCCCAAUGGUGAGAAGCCACACAGCAACAUCGACUGUGAGGAGGCCUUUAACAGUAGAAAAAGUUAUGACAAGUGGAUUGAAUGUAGGAAAGUUUUCAGCAACACAAACACUGUUGAUCACCAGAGAGUAUGCACUAGAGAAGGUCUUGAUGAGUGUAGCAAAUGUGGAAACGCUUUCAGCUGCAAAUACAAAUUUGUUCAGCACCAGCCAAUUCAUAUUAGAGAAUGGCCUUAUAAGUGUGGUGAAUGUGUGAAAUUAUUCACCCACGAAACCUACCUCAUUCAACACUGCAAAGUUCACUCUGGAGCAAAGCCUUAUGAGUGCAUUGAAUGUGGGAGAUCUUUUAGCUGGAAAUCUGACCUCAUUCAACACCAAAGAGUUCACACUGGAGAAAGGCCUUAUGCGUGCAGUGAAUGUGGGAAAUCCUUUAGCCAAAGCUCAGGCCUCCUUCAACACAAGAAAGCUCACACUAGAGCAAGGCUUCAUGAGUGCGCUGAAUGUGGGAAAGCUUUUGGAUGUAAAUCCAAACUUGUUGGGCACCAGAGAAUUCACACUGGAGCAAGGCCUUAUGAGUGUGCUGAAUGUGGCAAAUUCUUUAGACAAAGCUCCAGCCUCGUUCAACACCAGAGAAUUCACACUGGAGCAAGGCCUUAUGAGUGCAUUGAAUGUGGCAAAUCCUUUAGCAAGAAAUCUGUCCUCAUUCAACACCAAAGAGUUCACACUGGAGAAAGGCCUUAUGAGUGCAGAGAAUGUGGAAAAUUCUUUAGCCAGAAAUCUAUCCUCAUUCGACACCAAAGAGUUCAUACUGGAGAAAGGCCUUAUGAGUGCAGUGAAUGUGGAAAAGCUUUUAGAUGUAAAUCCAAACUUGUUGGGCACCAGAGAAUUCACAGUGGAGCAAGGCCUUAUGAGUGUUCUGAAUGUGGCAAAUUCUUUAGACAAAGCUCCAGCCUCAUUCAACACCAGAGAAUUCACACUGGAGCAAGGCCUUAUAAAUGUGGCGAAUGUGGGAAAUCUUUUAGCCAAAGUGCCAUUCUCAUUCAGCACCAGAGAGUUCAUACUGGAGAAAGACCAUAUGAGUGCAAUGAAUGUGGGAAAUCCUUUAGCCAAAGUUCCAGCCUCAUUCAGCACCAGAGAGUUCACACAGGAGCAAGGCCUUAUGAGUGCACUGAAUGUGGGAAGUCUUUUAGCCAGAGCUCUGGCCUCCUUCAACAUAGGAGAGCUCACCUGCAGUGAAUGUGGGAAAUCUUUUAACUGCAAAUGACCUCAGUAAACACUGAAGAGUUCACUCUGAAAAAAGGCCUUAGAUAUGCAGAGAAUGUGCUCUUUCGUUACUUAGUAUAACAGCAUUGGAGUAAGUUCUCUGAGGAGCCAUCUGCCUGAAUUGAGCCUCUCAUAAAUGGGACAUACAUAGACUGGAGAUUCUCCAUACAUUUUAGUUAUGUGGGAAGCAUGUGUAACCUGCCCGUGGUCCUUAUCAGAUUUAUGUCACUGCCAGUGGCAGAAUCCCUGUUACCUCUACCACCUGGCAGGUCCAGACCAUGUGUAUCAGGCACCACCCUAGUACACUCAGUGAUGCUGACCUGUUUGCUUUCCAUUUUGUUGGAGGAAGCAUGAGUAUCCUGAGCCCUUAUAGGGUCUUUAUUCCCUUCUCUCUGACGAGUCAGGGCAUGGACUUGACCCAUUGUUGUCCCAGAGAACAGUAUCUGAGUUCUGCUGAUGGCUUGCAGAGAAAGACUAGCUUUUUUAGGUACGUAUUUGGUCUCAGGUAUUGUUUGUGAUGAAGUUUUCUGCCUUCCACGUCUCCAAAUCAAAAACUGCCUGUCGCACACACAUUGCUCUGUUUGUGCAAUAAUAAAGACCUUUUUUUAAAAAAGCA